AUGUUCGGGGACGACGGCCUCGAGCGCCUGAACAAGACGCUGAGGCAGCAGCUGUCUGACCGAGGUGAGCAUGCUCGUUGUGCGUUGCUGACAACAGAUGCGCGACUGUCCGUGUUGGAAGGCGAGGUGCGAAAACAAGAGACGGCGCUGGCGGAGGCGCGCCGGCGCGCAGACGACGAACGACAAGAACGAGAACAAAUAGAGGAGAAAUACACGCGUACAGAGGGAGAGCGGAACGAGCUGAAGCAGGCGCGGUUGGAGGGCUCGAAUCUUGCGGCGCAACUGAGUGCGGAGAAGGAGGCGACGACACGGCUCGAGAAGGAGACAAGACGACUCGAGUACGAGCUGGAAAGCACCGCGCUCGCAGGCAACUGCGCAACGCAGAGCGGCGAGGCCAAGCUCACCGCACGGAUCCGCGCGCUCGAGUCCGAGGUCAAGAGCAAGGAGGCCGAGUGCGCGCGUGCCUGGGCCGAGGUGAAGGCGUCCGCACUCGCCGCAUCUACGUCCACGGCGACACCACCACGACCAACCCCGCCGCAGUCACGGCGGACAUCGACGUCAGCCGACGAACUCGAACUCGCCAACCUCCGCCAGGCGCUCAACUCGAAGUCGACGGAGCUUUCAAAGGCACAGGAGCAGGUCGCCAACCUCAGGCGUCAAUGCGACAAGGCAGUCAACGAGAAGAUGGCCCUCGAGAAGCGCUCGGCACGCGAGAUCGAGGAACUCCAGUCUCAAAAUGAGGAUAUGGGGUACGAGAUUCAGGCACUGCGCGGGGACAAGCCAAGUCCCGAGGUCGAGAAGCUCAAGACGAAACUCGCGGAGGCUACAGAAAAGGUCGCCAUCCUCGAGGCCAGCGUGGCGGAGAAGAUCACCGAGGUCGAGACCAAGUCACGCGAACUCGAGGAGAAGACGGCCGAGCUCCAGAGCAAGUCCGAGGAGAUCGAGCGCCUCUCGAUCGCCGCGAACGACCAAGGACGAAUCAUCGAGCUCGAGGCGAAGAUCACGACGCUUGAGGGCGAACUCGACGCUGCCCGACAAAACCUCAACGACGAGGGCUCGCGACAGAUCCAGCGCGAACUGAACGCCGCCGUCCGCAAGGUGGAGGCGAAGGAGCGUGAGAUCGAGGACCUCAAGAUCGACCUGAAGGAGGCGAACGAUGAGAACUCGACUCUUCGCUCCUCGCGCUCGGCGCCCGUCGAUGACAGCCGGAUAAUGGAGCUUGAGUCGCAGCUCGCCACCACGCAACAGGAUCUCGAAGCGGAGCGGGAGAAGGCAUCGCGCCUGGUCGAGCUCGAGAAGACAUUGGAGCAGUCCACGACCGACCUCCAGACCGCCCGCGACGAGCUUAACGCCGCUCGAGUGGACCUCUCGGAGCUUCAGGCACGGAUGGAGGAGAAGGCGAACGCGCCGUCACCGGAACUGCUCGAGUCGCAGGCUGCGACGACUGCCGCGCAGACACGCAUCGCGGAGCUGGAGGUCGAACUCCAGCUCACCCGCGGCAAGGUCGCCGGGUUCGAAGAGUCGGUUUCGGCGCAGCUCUCGACACUUGCUGCCGUCUCGAACGAGCGCGACGCGCUCAAGGCGUCUCUCGUCGAGACGCGGAGCGCUGCCUCCAGUCCCGUCGCCGAGGUGACUUCUGCUCGCUUGGAGGAGCUCGAGGCACAGGUCAACGACCUCACGACCCAGCUCACGCUCGCCACUCAGGAGCGCGACAGCGCCAAGGAGGAGUUGCAGACGCUCACGACUGAGAUCGGCGACAUGGAGUCGGCCCUCAACGAAGAGCUCGAGUCUGCCCGCUCCGAGCUGCAGGAGAAGGAGUCGCGCCUAACCUCCGUUUCCUUCGAUCUCGAGAAGGUCAGGUCAAGCAGCAAGUCGGCUCACCAGCGUGUCAAGAAGCUCGAGGCGGAGCUCGCUGCAAUCCAGGAGGAGCUUGCUGGUGUGCGUGCCGAGCUGGAGGCUGAGCGCAAGAGGGCGACCGAGCUGCAAGAAAGCCUCGCUUCGAAGGAGGCCGAGGCGGAGGCGAGCAAGGCCCGCAUCACCGAGCUGUCCCGGGAGACUACUGCCCAGACCGACCGCUUCAAUCAGAUGACGAUCACGAUCCAGCGCCUCCGCGGUGAGCGCGACGAGCUCAAAGGUCAAGUCGGCUACGUCACUGCCGAGCGGAAGUGCGAGGUCGAGGCGUUCGAGCAGGCCGCCGCUGCUCAGCAGGCCGCUCAGGAUGCACUCUCAACAGCUCACAGCAACCUGAAGGAGCGCGUUGCCGGUCUCGAGGAGCGAUCAAGCAAGCUCGACACCACCAUCAGCGAGAACAAUCGCCUCUCGACGCGCAUCGACGAGAUUCGGGGUGACCGCGAUGCUGCGCGCUCCAAGAUCGCCAAGCUCGAGGGCAAGCUCGCCGAGAUCAAGAAGGAGCUCACUUCGGCCGUACACGAGCGCGAGAUGGACGCCAAGCAGGCUGCCGCCGAGUUAUCGCUUGCGCAGUCGCGGCAGCGCGACGCCGAGGAGCGCGCGGAACGGUUACGAGGCGAGGCGCCGGCGGACGCGCAGGCCCGCGACGCCGAGUUCAAGGCGCUGUACGACCGCAUUGAGCGCCGCGACGUCCGCCUGCAGAACCUUCAGGUCGAGCUUGACAAGCUCCGCAUGAACUACGCUGUCGCGCAGGAGGACAUUGGCGAGUUCACCGACGACCUCGCUGCUGCCAAGGCUGAGAAUGCUGAGCUCAAGCAGGAGCUUACCCGCGCUCAGGCCGAAGCCGCCGCCAAGGCUACGGCUGUUGAAGAGCUCACGGGCCAGCUCGACGCUCGCGCCGAGGAGAUCGCCGCCUCGCAGCAGAAGAGCGCCGAGCUCGAGUCGGACAUGGCGACGCUGAAGGACGAACACGAGGCUCUGACGCACAAGCACACCAGCGUCAUCGCCGACAGGGAUAGCUACGCUGCCACCGUCAACGCUACUCGGGCAGAGCUGCAAGCGCGCAACGUCAUUGUGUCGCAGCUCGAGUCCGCGCUCGCCUCGGCCCGCGCUUUCUCCCAGCACGCCUCGCUCUCCAUUCGCGAUCUCACACUCACGAUCGCCGUGCACCGCGGAGCAGUCGUUGCCGCCAAGCACCGUGCCGACUCUUCCGACGCGCAGCUCAAGAGCGCCCUCGCCCGCAUCUCGUCGAUGGAGGAGGAGCAGACUGUGCUUCUCAAUGCUGGUUCUCAGUCCGCCAAGCUGCGUGAGGAGCUCGGCGACGUCCGUGCCGCCCUCGAGAAGGCCGAGGACCGCGCCACGACCGCGGAAGCGACCAUUGUCGCCGAGGCGGAGCGGGCGACCACCCUGCAGACCAAGAUUGAGGAGCUCGAGACCGAGCUUGCCAACAGUGCCCGCCAUCUCGAGACAGCCAAGAGCGAGGCCGAGGCUGCUGCCUCCGAGCACGCCCGUGUCAUGCAGGAGGCGUCGACGGCCAACGCCGAGCAGAUCACCGAGGCGACUGCACGCGCUGAGAAGGCCGAGGCGGAGAUCGCGAAGCACUCUGAGGACAUCAUGCAGCUCAACUCAACCCUCGAGUCACUGCGUGCGGAGCACGGCGACGCCGCGAGCCGCAUCAGCGCGCUCGAGGCCGAGGCUGAGGAGCUCCGAUCCGAGAAGAGCCGCCUCGAGGCUGCGCUGGCUGAGUCGACCAAGGCUGGCGAGGAUCUCAGUGCCAACAUGGCGAGCUUGGAGGAGACGCUGGCGAGCACCCGCUCCGAGGUUGCGGCGCUGCAGGCGCGCCUCGAGGAGGCGAACGCCAAGCUCUCUGCCAUGACCGAGGCGCACGCCACGGCAACGACGGAACUGUCCACGACAAAGGCAGAGGUGGAGGCGACUGUGGCUGACCUCAACGAGGCUCAGUCCAAACUUGAGACUUUCAGAACGCAGCUCGAGACGACACUGCACGACCUGAACGAAUCGCGCGUCGCCCAGGCUGCCGCUGAGGCUGAUGCGGCGACCGCACGCUCCGAAAAGGAGGCCGCCGAGACUGAGAGCAAGAAGGUCUCGAACCACUUCCGCUUCAUGGAGUCUCAAACGAAGGACCUGUCCGCCCGUCUCGCGUCGCUUAAGGAGGAGCUCGAGACCGCCGCUGCCCAGAACAGUGCGGAAGCUGCACGCCUUUCAGCCAAGGACGGCGAACUCGCUGCGGCCCAACAGGCGCUUGAGGACCGUGCGCGCGAGGUCGAGGACCUGAAGGAGGACCUGGAGCGUGCGCACGCCGCGCUGUCGGCCAAGACGAACGAGAUCGACGAGGCCGACGACCGCGCCCUCGAGCUGAACAAGGAGAUCGGGCGAUACAGGCGAAAGACGGAGAAGCUGGAGAGGCAGAAGAGUGAACUUGUCGCCGAAGUGGACGCGUUGCGCAUGCACCGUGCCAACGCCGCCAACACCGUCCCUGCUGUCCCCACCUCCUCUCACCCUGCCACGAGCGCGACACUCCAGCCCCCAUCAUCCAAGCGCGCCUUCAGCGUUCUCGCAGAAGACACGCCAGGCAUAGGCACGCCCGGCCGCAAGCGACCGCGCGAGGACGAGGAGGACGCGCGCCCGCGCCCCGCCGAAGCGAGGCGGAGCCCGUUCAAGAGCAGAGAGAACCUCGUCAAGAAUGGGCUCGGGGGCACGAAGCGGAAGAUGACGAGCGCGGAGCGCAUGUUUGCGGAGAAGAUGGCGAGGACGAAACUCGCCCCCGAGGGGAAACAGCCGCAGGCUGCCAAUCCGUUCACGCCCAGGGCGCGCGAUGGCAAUGUUGCAUAG